AUGUUUAAAAGAAUCGCCACUAGACAAGCAGGUGCCCUACGCCAACAAAUCAGAUUGAACCACCACAAGGCUGAAUUACCUCCAUGGGCUUUUGAAAAAGCUUAUCCAGUUGCUGAUAAAAAAGCUGCUCAAGCUUUCAAAGAACAAUUAAGUGCAACUCAACAUCAUGCUGAAGGUACUUCUUCAUUAUGGAGAAAAAUCUCUUACUUCGUUGCCCUCCCAGCCAUUGUUGCCACUGCUAUCAAUACAUAUUUUGUUGAAGCUGAACAUGCUGAACAUAGAGCACAUUUAGCUCAUGUUUCUGAUGAAGAUUGGCCAAUUCAAUAUGAUUAUCAAAAUAUUAGAACAAAGAAUUUCUUUUGGGGUGAUGGUGAUAAAACUUUAUUCUGGAAUCCAGUUAUUAACCGUCAUGUUAAACAUGAUUAA